AUGUGCAGCCAUGCAUUAAUAAAUGCAGAGUUACUACCAGUGUCGUGGGUGCGCCACCGGGACCUGCACAUCCUGACGGUGGGCUCGUACACGUACUCGAGCGACCAGCGCAUCAGCGCGUCGCGCGUCGGGCCCGCCGAGUGGCAGCUGGAGAUACGCUGGGUGACCCACCGCGACACCGGGGUGUACGAGUGCCAGGUCAGCUCGCUGCCCAUCAUGGCGCUGCAGGUGCGCCUCGACGUCGUCGUUCCGACGGCCUCGAUCCUGGGCGGGCCGGACCUAUACGUCAACCGCGGCAGCUCCAUCAACCUGACGUGCAUCGUCGUCAACUCACCAGAGCCACCGGCCUACAUAUUCUGGUACCACCGCGACCAGGUGAUCAGCUACGACUCCCCGCGUGGCGGCGUCAGCGUGGCCACGGACAAGGGCCCCGUCACGACGACGCGCUUGCUGGUGCAGCGCGCCAACGCGGCCGACGCCGGCAACUACUCGUGCCGGCCCAGCAACGCGCGCGCCGACACCAUCACCGUGCACGUUCCAUCAAUGUACGCUACUGGCCAUUAA